AUGACCACCUUGCUACUCUGCCUUCUCGCCUGCUUCUGGAUGGCCGUAUCCACCACGGCCCACAUGUUCAGCCACCCCCCCUCGAAAAAGACAUUAACAAGCCAGGCGCAUUUAAAACGGGCUUCCAACUCCGAGGAGGAGGAUAACUAUUACAUCAUGCAGGAGGUACUCAGCGUACCUCUGAAAAGGGAGGACCCCCCCGUCCUCUAUGACGACCUGCCGGACAAAAUAAAAAACAAAAUGGUGGACAACACGGAUGUGCAAAAAAUAAACAGAUUGAAAUUCCUCGCUCGAACCAAUGCAUUCAAGAGUUUCCAAAAAAGUUACGAAAAGGAAAAAUCCACUGUGGAGCAGCUGUACAGCCAUAUGAGGGAAAUUAUAAGUGUCGCUCUUAGCAUCCCCGUGGAGGAAGUGGACCUUCAUGACAUUAAUAUGUUGCUUGCCAAAUGGAGAAUGCUCAGCAAAGAGAGGUUCAACCAAGACGAGGAAAACAACGACGAACGUUACUUUAAGAGCGUCAAAAGGCAUGGCGUCCAUCCCACUACCAUAACUCCUUCCACAGGAAUGAAGCAUACAAAAGAGAUGACAGAAAUAAGUGGUCGGGGAAACUCUUUCAUUGACCCUGAUUACUUCCUCCAGUUGGCUCUCUGA